AUGGCAGAAUCAGGAGCUCCAACAGCUCCUCCAUCAGACGAUUGGAAACAUACAGGCGUACGAGUCAUACCAGCUGACAGCUUAGACUCCAACACAGCACAAACACCUGGCAUGUCCCGCGCAGCAGCAAUAAACUUCGCGCGAGUAGGCGCCCAGAAACUCUGGGCCGGCACCGUAACCAUCGACGCAAACGCCAAGACAGGGGCCCAUCACCACGGACAUCUCGAGAGCGUGAUUUACGUCUUGAAAGGCAAAGCGAGGAUGCGGCGGGGCGAGAAAUUGGAGUUUACGGCUGAGGCUGGGCCGGGAGAUUUCAUUUUCGUGCCGCCGUAUGUGCCGCAUCAGGAGAUCAACGCCUUGGAGGAUGAGAAGCUGGAGUGUGUUUUGAUGAGGAGUGAUGGGGAGGCGAUCGCGGUUAAUUUACCGGAUUUGAAGCCGGUUGAGACUCCGGAGAGUGUGAAGUGGAUUGAUCCUACACAUGCGAAUUUACCUGACCAUGAUCAUCACCAUGAGCACGGGCAUAGUCAUGAUCAUACUCAUAGUCAUUGA